AUGAUAAUAUACCUGUGCAAUUUAUUAAACAUUGAGAAAGAACCAAUAAGGAUUCUGGUUACUGGUGCAGCAGGAAACAUAGGAUAUGCAAUUGCUCCAAUGAUUGCAAGAGGUCUAAUGCUAGGUCCAGAUCAACCCAUGAUUCUACAUUUACUUGACAUAGAACCAGCUUCAAAAUCACUAGAAGCCUUGAAAAUGGAGCUUCAAGAUUCAGCUUUCCCUCUUCUCCAAGGCGUUAUUGCGACAACAAACGUCGCCGAAGCUUGUAAAGACGUAAACAUCGCGAUACUGAUCGGAGGGUUUGCAAGAAAAGAAGGCAUGGAAAGAAAAGAUGUCAUGUCAAAAAACGUAGCGAUCUAUAAAGCUCAAGCUUCGGCACUAGAGCGAUACGCAUCAGAGGAUUGCAAGGUUCUUGUUGUAGCGAAUCCCGCAAACACAAACGCUCUGAUCUUCAAAGAGUUUGCACCGUCGAUCCCGGAAGAAAACAUCACUUGCCUGACACGUCUCGACCAUAACCGAGCUCAAGCUCGCCUUGCGGAGAAGCUAGGUGUUCCCGUGAGCAGCGUGAAGAAGGUGAUCAUUUGGGGAAACCAUUCUUCAACUCAGUAUCCAGACACCAAUCACGCAACGGUCUCUACGAAAACUGGAGACAGACCGGUGAAAGAACUUGUCGCCGAUCAAAACUGGCUGAGGAACGAGUUUAUUUCAGAAGUUCAGGAACGUGGUGCAGCGAUUAUAAGUGCACGGAAACAGUCGAGUGCUUUAUCCGCUGCCAGUGCGGCUUGUGACCAUAUUCAUGACUGGUUUCUUGGAACACCUAAAGGAACUUGGGUUUCUAUGGGUGUUUGCUCUGAUGGCUCUUACGGUAUACCAACCGGUUUGGUUUACUCGUUUCCGGUUAUCUGUGAGAAAGGGAGCUGGAAGAUCGUACAAGGACUCAGUGUAGACGAGUUUUCAAGGGAGAAAAUGGAUGACUCUGCGAGAGAGCUAGCUGAAGAGAAGGCUUUGGCAUAUUCAUCUCUCAGUGUAUAA